AUGUAAUUUGAUGGGCAUUGCCGUUUUGCCGUCAUUCACUACUUGCAGGGGACAAGCUGAGAAGGAAUUUAAAGUCGAGAUUGAAGCAAUUGGACGAGUUAGACAUAAAAUUUUGGUGAGGCUGCUGGGUUAUUGUGCCGAAGGUGCUCAGAGGAUGCUUGUGUAUGAGUAUGUAGACAAUGGCAACUUAGAACAGUGGCUUCAUGGAGAUGUAAGGCCAUGCAGUCCUCUUACAUGGGAUAUCGGUAUGAACAUUGUUCUUGGAACAGCGAAAGGGGGCUUGAACCCAAGGUGUGAUAUCAAGUCAAGCAACAUUUUACUUGAUAAGCAGUGCAAUCCUAAACUAUCUGACUUUGGUUUAGCCAAGCUCUUGGGUUCUGAGAGAAAUUAUGCGACAACUCGAGUGAUGGAAUAUGCUAGUACAGGGAUGUUGAACGAGAGAAGUGAUGUGUACAGUUUUGGGAUUCUUCUUAUGGAGAUAAUAUCUGGGAGGAGCCCUGUGGAUUAUAGCCGUCCUCCCGGAGAGGUGAACCUGGUUGAAUGGAUUAAAGCAAUGCCUUCCUCAAGGACGUUGAAGGGUGCUCUUUUAGUUGGUUUACGUUGUACGGACCCUAAUGCACCGAAGAGGCCAAAGAUGGGUCAUGUGAUACACAUGCUUGAAGCCAAUGAUUUUCCAUUCAGA